GAGAGUAACAUGCAGAUGCUGGAAAAUGAUGGAUUUGCCUCGAGACUCUGCAAAACUUUAUAAGGUACUUGCCUCCUCUUCAUCCUGUGAUGGAAGUGGGGGGGCCUUGCCUGCAGAAAUGCCCCAAGGCUCAGAAGUGGAUCUAUGGUGAAGAGAUCAAAGAUGGGGGGACCAGGGAAGUGAGGGAACAGGGCUGCCAGUAGGCACACCCCAGCCCCCCCAAAAAAACUUCCAAAGGCCCCCGUCCAUAAAUUGGGCCUCUGCUGCCAUCUAAUGGAGGAAAGGUAGCCUCUGGAGCUGCCUGCUGGGGCCCCACCAACCUGGCUCCCCUAAAAAAGAGGGAUGUGAAGGACCUUCCUGCCCACAGACCUUUUAUUCCUCUGGAGUCUUAAGCUUUGUUUCCUGCAGCCUCUGAAGCUCCCUGGCUGCCCUGUUUCCCGACCACCACCCUCUAUCCCACUGUUUCCCCAGUUUCCUUUGUUGCCCAGGUUCUGAUUCUGGUGCCCUGGUUCCUGGCCCUGCUAGAGUUCUGGUUCCGGAAGGCCUUUGCUAGGUGCCUCGGGCAUGUGCUGCAUCCCCCAGCACCUGGGGCAAAUGGACAUCUGCAAAGGUGUAGUGAGCCUGGCCACAGCCGCUGGGGCCAUCUGCCUGCUCUACAAGGCCAUCAGGGCCGGCAUAAAAUGUCAACCACCCCUCUGCUCUGCCUCACCCAUCUGCAUCGCCCGUGAGUGUCCCCGCCCUGGGGAGAGGGCUCAGCCCCAGGAGGUACCUACUCCCCAGGUCUCCUGUGUGGGAGGGCCCCAAGGCCUGGCAAUCGAGCGAGAGCAGCACGGGCGUGACUCAGGUGAGCUCCGGAGGCUCCUCAACUCUUUGGAGUGCAAACAGGAUGAGUACGCCAAGAGCAUGAUCCUGCACAGUAUCACGCGCUGUGUGUACUUGCUGGAGUCUGAGGCCUCUGCAUGUACUAAUGAUGACAUCACCUUGGUGGGCUCCAUGCUGGAUGACAAGGACAACAGUGUCAAAAUCCAAGCUCUGAACACACUUAAAGCUUUCUCUGGCAUCAGAAAAUUCAGGCUGAAAAUCCAGGAACACUCCAUCAAGGUGUUGGAACUGAUCUCCACCAUCUGGGACUCGGAGCUGCACAUUGCAGGCCUCAGACUCCUCAACAACCUCCCACUGCCUGACUUUGCACAUCCACAGCUGCGACGGGUGAUGCCUGCUUUGAUGGAGAUCCUGCAGUCAGACUACAUCCUGGCACAGGUGCAAGCCGCGCGAUUGCUGAGCAACCUGGCGCAGAAGAACGACCUUCUCUAUGAUAUUCUCAACUGCCAGGUACACUCCAACUUCCUGGACCUGUUCCAGUCCACACAGCCCGGGAGUCUGCUGCUCGAAGUACUGGUGUUUGCAGAGUGGCUGAGUGAGGGCCGGAGUUCACCCCACUACCAUGCUGUGAAGUGGCAUUACAAUGAACAGUCUGUGCACGAAGCUCUCUUUGGGGAUGACUCACGACUGGCAGACCGGCUGCUUGCCCUGGUCAUCCACCCCGAGGAGGAUGUUCAGAUCCAGGCCUGCAAAGUCAUAGUCAGCCUGCAGUGCCCCCAGGAUGUGGGAGUCCAGCCCUCCUUCCCGCCCAGUCAUUCCUGCUUUAAUAAUGCAGAAUAAAAUUAUGGAGAGCCAAUAAAUGAAUAUGGAAGAAAA